UUUAGAGACACAGUCCAAUUCACUAGAGUAAGCUGAGAAGAUCAGACACCAUGUCUCUCUAUAGUCUUCUUCUGCCUUUGCUAAUGGCCUUUGCUGUAACCUUCGCUAAUCGCUUCUGGGGAGGAUCAAUGACUUACUACCCUAAAGGAGUCAACCCAGAUGGGUCUUACAAGGCGGAGUUACACUUCAAGCAAACAUUUGACAGUUGUGAAUAUUUGAACUGGACCAACUGCUACUUUGGAGACUGUGGAUCUGUAAUAAGCCUUGAGAAAGGUGUCAUCUACAACACAAGUGGGAGGAACGCAGUCAAUUUCAACUGGUGCCAGACAGAAGGGGUUAUGACACUUCAGAUUCCCACUCAAGAAAUAUUAUAUUUGAGAGAUUUGGGUUGCUGUUGGGUGGACCUCACAAAUCAUUUCACUUACUGGGAUCUAAUCACAUACAUAAACCAUGGAAAUCGAUCAGACACAAAUAAAGUAAAUAGACCCCCAGUCAGCAUGAGCAUAUCAUUUGUCAGAGUCCCUCAGAACUGCCUACGGACCUACAAGCUGAUCAUGUUUGAUCCAGACAAGGACCAUGCCACAUGCUGGGCGUGGAAUGAGAUUCCUGCAGGGUUUACCCUGAGCCAAACCAGAAUCAAAGAGAAGGAUUUCUGCACAGUGAGUUACAGCAAUGCCUCAGUUGGACUCUAUGGGGUAAACCUGAUUGUGUUAGAUCUCCUCCAACAACCUGUCACUGUCACCCACUCCGUCUCUUCCAACGUUCAACAUCCUCAAGGUUCAGCACUUGCUGCACUUUCUCAGGUGUUUGCUGUCAAGGUUGACCCUGCUGUUGCCUCGUGUGAUGAGGGAGUGUACUUGCCAACGUUCCUUCACCCGACACCUGAGAAUGGAGAGCAAAUUCAAGCUGUGACCAACCAGGAGCUUGAGAUCGUAGUCAAGGCAACAGCCACUGCAGUGGGGGUUCGUGGUAUCAUCAUAAGUGGACCCCUGAACAUCACAGUUGACAAGUACACAGACGGCUCUGAAGAGUUUGUUUUGAGGUGGACUCCAAGGAGUGAUGAUCUUGGGGAAUAUUUCCCAAUCUGUUUCAUUGCUGAAAGUAACCAAGUGAACAACACCUACUAUCAAUCUGACAUGAGAUGCAUCAUUGUUGAAGUUGAAGACAAAGCGGGUUUUGGUUGGCCUGAGGAUGAGGGUUCGGUCUAAAACUCCACUGACUGAGAGGGAGAUUGAAGAAACCGUCCUAAAGCAGUUUCGAGAGGAGCUUAUCCGUAAAGGUCUAUCCAACAGCACCACUCUCAGUCUGAGGCGAGUUCAUCAGAUCAACCCUUGAGGAAUCCAUACGGGCUGCAAUGCAUUUGCCACACACUAGGGGGCAAUAGAGGACUCUUAAUGUUGACCUUCUCUUAAAUCCUAUACACAUCAUUUCACAGACCUUGCAUACAUUUGGACACAUGUCAUGUGACUAACCCAAUCUCUACAACCAAUGUUGCUCAAAUCUGACAUGUGAUCCUUGUCUUUGUUCACAUGUUCCUCCAGGUCUACCCCCUACUCCUCUUUCUCUACAGUGUGCUCAUAGUUGUGAAAUCUGGGCUGAUGUUUUGCUCCUUUAGUGUCGCUAACUGUGGAAUACUUGAUUUUAGUGUUUAAGCAAUCAAAAAGAAACUUUAAUGUAGGCUGUUUUAAUG